AUGAUACUUGCCGAUUUGGCCCAGCGGCUUCAACUCGAUGUCAGCCCGAACACCUAUUUAAUUGAACUGCUCGUCGUUAUACAAGUGCACAUUUUGGCCGUCUACUACAUCAUCAAAGAAGCUAUAUUCGCGGUGCGCACAACGCCGAGGUGGUACAAACUGUGGGCUGAGGUUUGUUUGUCUGCGGUCAUAAACUUUAAUAGGGCAAUCAAUGAAGACAUUUAU